AUGGCGCUCUUUUCAGAACUAUCAAUUCCACAACUCAACAUUACCUACAAACAACCUUUGGGCUUGUAUAUCAAUAACGAGUAUGUCGCUUCCAGUGACCAAGCUCAGAUCGAAACUGUCAACCCAGCAAAUGGCAAGUCCAUCACCUCAUUUUACGCAGCUUCCGCUGCGGAUGUCGACAAAGCUGUAGCCGCAGCUCGUGAGGCUUACGAAUCUGUGUGGAGCAAGACUUCUGCAGAAGAGCGUGGCGUGCUCUUGAGCAGGCUGGGCAAGCUCAUUGCUGAGAAUAAAGAGCUGCUGGCCGCCAUCGAAACCCUGGACUCCGGGAAACCCUAUUUUACCAAUGCUUUAGCGGACAUCGAUCAGAUUUGCCAGCUAACCACCUACUACGCUGGGGGUGCCGACAAGUAUUCUAAGGGCCAAAUGAUUCCUAUCAACCAUGAUAAGUACGCCUACACAGUCAAGGCUCCCUACGGUGUUGUGGCUCAAGUGAUACCCUGGAACUAUCCGCUGGCCAUGGCGAGUUGGAAAAUGCAAGGUGCGCUGGCCGCUGGUAACACCAUUGUCAUCAAACCAGCAGAGAACACUUCGCUGUCACUGCUGUAUUUUGCUCAGCUAUUCGAUCAGGCCGGUUUUCCACCUGGUGUGGUAAAUGUUGUUCCAGGGUACGGAUCAGUUACUGGCCACAGUCUUUCCUCCCAUAAAGAUGUCGACAAAAUCGCUUUCACCGGUAGUACUGCAGUAGGUCAACAAGUAAUGGCUUUGGCAGCUACGUCUAAUUUGAAAGCCGUUACUCUGGAGUGCGGUGGUAAGUCCCCAGCGGUCGUCUUUGAGGAUGCUAAUCUAGACGAGGCCGUCAAAUGGACAGCAGCAGGCAUUUUCUACAAUUCGGGCCAAAACUGUACUGCUAAUUCGCGCUUGUUGGUACAAGAGUCUGUCUACGACGAAUUUCUUGCCAAGUUUGUCAAGCAAGCCCAAGAGCAGUGGAGUUUUGGUAAGAACGGCUGUGAUCCUUUCGACGAGUCUUGCACAGUGGGGCCUGUCAUUUCCAAAACGCAGUUUGACAGAAUUCAAGGCUACAUCAACCACGGCAAGGUUCAGGAGAAACUCAGCCUCAAGCAAUUGGAGGCUCCCGAUGCAACAGAUGGGUAUUUCAUUGCUCCGACCAUAUUUACAGAGGUUCCCCAGGACUCUAAGUUAACUCAAGAGGAAAUUUUUGGGCCCGUCGCCGUGCUACUGAAAUUCAAGGACUACGACGAGGCUCUUGCCUUGGCCAAUGGUACCAACUACGGACUGGCGUCUGCCGUCUUUACUGAAGACAUUCGCAAGGCCAAUCACUUUGCUCGCGACAUCAAAGCCGGCACCGUAUGGAUAAAUUCCUCAAAUGAUGAAGAAGUCGCAGUUCCUUUUGGAGGUUACAAAAUGAGUGGAUUGGGUCGUGAGCUAGGAGAAAGCGGUAUGGACGCCUACUCCCAGACAAAAUCAGUACACGUCAACAUUUCCAAAUUAUGA